CACGCAGGUAGGCUCCUUGUAGCGCGCGGGCUGCAGACAUCUAUAGUUUCUGCGGUUUUGUAAAACUUUGCUGUAGUUGGGUGGAAGAGAAGAGCAUCAUUGGUUUGUUUGGACUGGGAAGGAAGGAAGUUUCUUGCAGGAAAAACAAUGACAGGGCUAUAAUUAUCAACAAGUGCUUUUUUUUUUGGUUUCUUCCGAUCUCACGGGUCGGUUUGAAGAAGGGAUUCCGCGGGUUGUCUAAAAACAUGGAGGAAUGGUGCUGAAAACGUUAUUAUUCAGUUUUUUGAACUCUGGUACAGCGUAUGAACUUAUGCACUCUUCAGCUCGCACAUUGAGCUGUUUGAAUUAGUUUAGUCGAAUCAAUAUUUAUGCGUUUGGGACCGCUCGGAGCCAUCUGCACUCUUCCUGUUGAAGGUUUAGGACUGGGGUAGUGAUGGAGGACAUCGACCUCGAGCAGCAGGAGCCGUUUCCUGUGGACCGGGAUGGGAGACGGCUCAGGAGUGAAGCAGACCAGCCUGAUGAUGACAGAGAGAUGGGAUGUUGUGAGAAGUUCCAGGAGUCUAUCUCCAAAUGGAUGCUUCCAGAAGACUCUCGCAGCAAAUAUAUGGAACGGACCAACUGCUGCCCGCCUCCCAUCUUCAUCAUCCUCAUCAGUAUUGGAGAGUUGGCAGUGUUUAUCUACUAUGCUGUGUGGAAGCCUCAGAAGCAGUGGGUGACCCUGGAUGAAGGCAUCUGGAACAGCCCCCUUACAUACAAGCCUGAGCGCAGGCAGGAAGCAUGGCGGUUUAUCUCCUACAUGUUUGUCCACGCCGGUGUGCAGCACAUUUUAGGCAACCUGGUGAUGCAGCUGCUGCUGGGCAUCCCGCUGGAACUGGUCCACAAAGGAUUUGAAGUGGGAAUGGUUUACCUCGCAGGCGUCCUGGCAGGGUCUUUGGCCAGCUCCAUCUUUGAUCCUGUCAGUGCUUUGGUGGGAGCUUCUGGGGGUGUUUAUGCCCUAAUAGGAGGCUAUUUUAUGAACGCAGUGGUGAAUUUCCGAGAGAUGAUUCCUCUCCUUGGAGUGUUUCGUAUCCUCGCCAUAGUGAUAAUUGUUGGCACAGAUUUUGGAUUUGCUUUCUAUAGAAGAUUUGUCAAUGACGAGGAUGGGUUGAAGGUGUCCUUUGUGGCUCAUUUUGGAGGAAUUGUGGCUGGAAUGACCAUCGGCUACGUCUUCUUCAGCGCUUUCAACAAGAAGCUACUGAAAGACCCACGUUUCUGGCUGUGUAUAGUGGGCUAUGUAGUCUUUGUGCUCUUUGCUGUGCUAUUCAACAUCUUCCUGUCCCCAGCAUCAUAGGACCAUAAAGCUGCACUCACCAACACUAAAAGCCUUAAUGUCACACUCAGGAAGCCUUUUUUUUUAACUGAUGUGUUUCACAGCAAAGCUGCAUUUCAGGGACUUUGUGAAUGUGGUGCACAAGUAUUUUUCUACCAGAUUUCCCUUUUUUUUUAGAGCUGAAUUUGUGAGUAAUGGUAACGGGUAAAGGGUGCCUUCUGCUGUUGAUGUGUAACAUUGCAGAAGGUGUAUUUUACAUUUUAGACAAUGUUGAUGAAAACGUGCCUUUUAAAAAGUGAAUAAUUUAGAACUGAAAUAAAUGUUAUCCAUACCCCUAAUGUGUUGUCACUCACAAUAUUUUUCUUAUUCCAGAUAUGAUCUUUGUGUUUGAGUAUUUUGUUUGUUUGUUAGUUUUUAGAUCUUUUUGUACUUUUAUGAUAAUCAAGAAAUUAAUGAUGAAUAACACACUGGUCCUAUUUCAUGUAAUUUUUCUUAAAUAAGAAAUAAUGCCCUGAGUGUUUAAUUGAAUCAUGUAUGCUCCUCUGUGCUGUCGCUAAUUCUUUUGAAUCAUCAUGGACUCUUAUGGACUUUCAGUAUACAUAAAAUGUGCCUCAAACGUGGUAAAAUCCCUCAUCGCAUUAAACACCAAAUUUGAUGAAGACAUGUUGUUUGGCUGUAUGAGAGGACUAACAAGAAGAAAGAGUUUAUAAAGAAGUUGCCCCUUCCUUUUGUAAGCAGAUGAGUUUGCCAUCAGGCCUUGGCUUAAUGCUAGUUAUUGUUUCAGUCACAUCCUGUUGACAGGACGUGGCUAAUUACAGAGUUUGAGUUUGAGUUACACAAACUGUUGAUUCAUUUUUCUGUCAUACUUACUGUGUUUUAACCUUGGAAAUACAAAACCUGGGCUUCAAACAUGAACAUCCAGCUUUUGGAAACACCAUCUAAAAAUAAACAGUGGUUGAUUUCGUACAAUACCCCUGUUUAACUGUAGGGAAACUGUUGAACAUUGUGUAACAAGUGUAACUUAUAGUUUAAUGACAGUACUUUUUCUAUUCCAUAAGUCUAUAAAUGAAAACUCUUAUUAUUGCUGUUUUACAUGCGUGAGAAGGGCAUCGGGUGCUGACUGUAAUUCAGAAACAGAUCUUAUUUUAGAAAACGUACUUCAUUUAUCUGAGAUUACAGGUAAACUAUGACCAAACAGAGACACUUGGUUUUGCUUUUCCACAGCUCAAUAUUUAAAGUAUUUUUAAUAAACCUUGAUGUUUUUUAAUGUAUUUGUUUUUUUUUUUUUGUCCAAUUGAAUCUGAACUUUUGCAGAAACAGGGCAAGAGUAAUGACUUUGUCUGAUGAAUAUAUACAGGAUUAAAAGUAAAGACUAUA